AUGAUAUUGGUAGACCAAAACCUAUCGUUUGACAGCACAACUGCCUAUGAGGUUCGAUGGUUUCUUAGUGGGCACACGCUCAAGAACAGGCCCAUUGAUUUUGUUCAUGCUCUGACUGAGCAUCCUUGGUCUCGGAAUGGGCAAUGGGACAAUCCAACCCACUUCAUACCACCAUCUUGCAUCCCAAUCAAGCUCAGUCCACACACCCUAGAUACCCAAGAAAUCAAAGACCAUUCGAAUAUUGCCGAGAACCCAGCUACUAAGCCCCCGACUAGUUCAUACAAAACACUAGAGAGAUAUUUUGUCCAGAAGAUUUCCAAGCACAUUGACCAAGAGAUAUGCCAGCUCCAGAAAGAACCUGUCCUGCGAAGUUCUGGUGCUGAAGAAGGCCAUUCAUUUUCGUGGAAUAGCAUAAACCAGUUCUCGGUCAGGGAGACACAGAUGGCAAUGAUGCAAACAGCUCCCAUAGCCUGGACACUGCUGACAAGCACAGCAGUUGGGGAGAACCAGUCAGAGGAGCUCAGGCAAGCAGCAGCAAGGACAAAAGCAAGCGGAAAAGGGUCAAAUCAUGUUCGCGACCCAUAUCUUGGUUGUACUAUAAUAAUGGGCAUGCUUGUGAACUUCAGGAAUAAAGUAGUCAAUCGGCUUCAGUACAUAUUUGGAACUCUGAUGUUUGCAACAAAUACUCACCGUGCAACAGUCUCCAUCCUAAACUGCAUUGGUCUCGUCAUUGCCCAUACUACCAUGCACAACCGGCUCCACAGUGCUGCCAAAAAUGCAGCUGAAAACCUCAAAGCCAUAGGUUGCAAGCUCGUUCAGAAUGAGCUCUCAAUCCAUCUGGUCUGUCAUAUCUGUGCAUACCCGAUCCUGAACCGACUCCCGGACCUCCAUCUUCACCACCUCCGGAGUCCUACCCUCCACCCUUCCAUCCUUCUCCUACCCUAUCUCCGCCCACUCCGAUACUCACCUCAGACCGAACACCUCUCCUCUCGCCACCCUCCUCCUGCUCCUCCUCUCACUCCUCCUCUUCCUCCGCACGACACCUCCACCCUUCCAUCACUCUCCUACCCUUCUCCCGUCCGCUCCGAUACUCACUUUCGGACCUGA